AUGGUAGAGUACCAGUUUGAUAAAAAAUCUCAUCCUUUUACAAUAACAUCUCAUGGCAAUCAGAAAAAAGCUAAUACUUGUUCUUCCUACAGAAGAACCCAACCAAGUACGCUUAAUAAACUUAAGGCAGAACUUGUUACAUCUCAUCCAAGGAAAGCGACAGAUUCUGUGUCAGAACAAGUUGGAGGCAUUAUUCACGGCAGAAGUGCAAGUGCGUGGCCAAGAAAUGUAACCCAAGCUUACAACCUGAACAAUACAUCAUCUAAAACACCUGUAGUAAGCAUAAACCAUCGUAGCGAUGAUCCGUACUUGUCAUUGGUAAUGUUGUGCAAAGAGCAAGAGAAAGAUGGAAAGACAGCUUACGUUAGAAAAGUAAUUUGUGCACCUGAACCUAUCGUCCUGUUGAUGAAAGAUGAACAGCUGGACGACAUCGCUAAAUUUUGUACCAACAAAGCUCACUUUG